AUGGAGCCAAUCUUCAGCAACAGCAACGGCAACAGCAGGAGAAGCGGAGCCCGACGCGGUGUGUAUCAGGCCGCUCCAUUCGGGACACCUCCACUCGGAAGACAGGCAGACCCCUUCCGUGGCAGCUACGUGAGCAGCAGUCAACACUCAUCUAGUUGCAGUGGCUCAUCUUCCUGGGUGCUGUGGCGUGACGAACCCAGCUCGCUGUACCGGGAUCCACGUGGCCGCCGGGGCCGGCUCUGUAGCGCAGUGCUUGCCGUGGCCGUGUUCCUUGUGGUGCUCAUCGUGCUCGCCAUUGCGGGACUUGCUGUCUACAUGGGCGCUCUCCGGAUCGACACAAACAAACUGGAACUUGUAUUCGACGGAAGCGUGUGUGUUACUUCUGGUGAUCACUUUAUAUCAUCCCUUGGCAACAAUUCCAGCAUUGCAUUUAAGGAAAUGGCGCUCAAGUAUCAAAAUAUGAUUGGCAGUGUGUACCAAAGAAGCCAGCUUCGACAUGCAUACAAGAAAUGUGUGAUAGAGAAAUUUGAAAAUGGGAGCCUAAUUGUUUUCUUCAGGUUGUACCUAGACCGCAGAAAGAUUCCAAGGAAUUUCCAGAAUGUAGAGGAGACAGCACGGGACAUCCUAGUGAAUGAGUUGAUUGCCCCACGAACUGUGGCCUUCAGGAACAUCCAUAUUGAUGCAAGCAGCAUAUUUAUAAAACGGUCCCUGGAUGAUGCAGUCAUAAGCCCUGUAGAGGGGAUUCCCAGAAAGAAGCCUCCAGGAAACAGAACUCUACAGAUACACAAUGGUGUGAUGAGAAAGGCAACGACAGAAGACACCUCAACCAUGAACAAAACACAAAAAUCUCCAACAGUUACAAAACAAGAAAACAGUGAAAUUAGAAAGCCUGAUACUGAAGAUUUAAGAAAUACAACUCAGGAGACAGGAGGAGAAGCGAUUCCCAUUGUUGAAGGAUCUGUAUCCAUUACAAAAAUUAAAGGAACAACAAUGGAGAAACCAUCUGAAAAACCAAGCACAUUAAAAGAAGGAAGUAAUGUACCAAGUUCAAAUAGAGAAAAAACUAAUGCUGACAGUAAAAGGGAAAAUGACACACUGAGUAAACCACCUGGGAAUUCCGUUCCAGAAAACAUACAGAAUGAAGCAGACAGAGAUAUAAAAAAAAAUUCUAAACUUCUACUGACACCUACUGUUAGGAUAGGAUCUACUUCAGAAAUCAAUCUUCCAGAGGAAAAAGUGCAUAUGAAUCCAGACACUGGUGCUAAAAUGCCAGCUGACUCUACAGAAGACACUAAAUAUUCAACGGAGAAUGAUGAGAAAGAUCCAAUCAGGCCCAAAACUCAAUCCCCUUACAUGCCCAAUAAAAAGCAACCAAUAAAAAACGAUGAACAUGUACACUUGGGACAGGAGAUAAUCACAAAAUUUUCUGCAGUAGAUGGGAUUAAAAAAGAUAUUACACAUACAAAACAAGACAAUCAGGAACACAAUUUUGAAAGCCUUGAUGGAGUUGUGAAUGAUUUAGAUGGGAAAGUUUCACAAAAUGUAAAUGGUUCACUGAUAAAGAAGAUUGGAGAAAAUUAUGUUUUAUCAAUUGGAAGUGCUGAAGAUUUCACUACAAGUCCUCUCACUAACAAUGACCGUUAUCACACUCAGCCAACGCCUGGCCUGAAUUCUAACUUCUGGAACACUGGCUCAAGAAGCUCCGCAAUCCCCGGUACUGGACCUGUAGGCCUAAAUACCCCAGGGACCAGGUCUAAUUACACGGGCACAGAAUUAACAAAUGAAAACUUUAAGGGAUCAUUCAUCCACACUGUAAAGCCCCCACAUAUCCAAACUGAUGAGCCAUGGAGACCAAUUCUGCCACAUUACACAAAACAGUCUCCAGAACCAGAUGAUGACGACACAGGAACUGGUGUUGCUGAAGUAGUGGUUGUCCCUCCAUCUGCGUUAGAGAAGCAAAAGACAAAUGGGAACCAGAACAAUGAUAACAAAUACAGUUCGCGGUUGGGACAACCUGCGUCUAACCAGAAGAUGCAGGAGACCUUCUCAGGAGGCUAUGGCAGUUUCAGUUUGCUCUCGGAUGUCCAAGAAUCGCAGCUUAGUGAUACCAUAUCCAGAGUGUCCUUGCAUGUUGUUGGUACUGGUACCGGUGGAUUUAGUGGGGAGAACCUAGAAACCAGUAUCCUUCAUACCACCAGUGGAGGUGGAAUCAUCAUUCGAAAACAGCAUCAACCAGCAACAUUUCUAUCCCCACACACAAUCCCUCUCACUUACACCACACCUGAACCUCCCUCAGCACGUCAAUCUAUAGAUAAUCCUUUCAUAGUCCCAGAACUACCAAUCUUACACCAGUUUCAUGACGUGGAUGCUUUACUUAAGGCAUCUCCUUCAAAGAAUGCACAUUCCAACAUAACACUGAUACAUCAUAAAAGUGAAAGCUUUGAAGGGGACUCUGCAGUCAACAACAAGUGGAUGAGUAACAGCAGUAGUGAUGGCAACACUGAUCCAAGAAACCCUAAUGCAGGCACUGGUUCUAGCUCAUCUGCAAGUCAACAAUGGGCUGAACUGCAUGAUGUAACUACACCAAUUGCUAAGCCCCAAGACUCCUUACACAUGGAAGCAUUUCCUACAAGAUAUCACCAGCAACCAGCAUGGGGUGAUAUGGGAAAUAAGGCAAGACUUGGAAACACUAACGUACCAUUCAAAGACAUAGGCAUUCCAUCAACUGUAAUGUCAAUAGAGGCAUCUUUACCAAAUGUACAACUGAAUAAAUCUACAAGGGUACAAUUUGCAACACUUAACCCUCUGUCGGAUUCUGUAGAAAAUACGCCAAUCUCCAUAGUGACACUGAUACCAGUCAGAUCUAAUUCUGGGGUUGGUAGACCCCUACGACCAAGGCCUAAGAUACCAUCUCAUACAUAUCUUCAAAUUAAAAAUCAGAAUGAGCCUAUAAAUGUAGUUCCAAGUUCUGAAUAUAAUUCAAGGACAAAAGCAGAAGAUAAUGGACCUUCUUCUCCAGCACCAAUGGGAUCAGAUGCAGUAAGUGGUGUACAAGCGGAGACAUUACAUAACAAGCAGAACAAUUCAGCAGGAUUCACUACAAAAUCUGAUGAAGCUAUGAUAAGCUUCAACCAUUCAUCAAACGAGGCACCCAAACAGGAAGUGCAAAGCACGACGCUGGAUUAUAAGUCACAAAGCAGUGACAUUAAUUACUCUACAGAGUUGACAUUAAAUUUAAGAAAAACUUAUUCAUUACCACAAGAGACAUCAACACUGUCACCAUUCUCAACAGGAACACUGUUAGAAAUAUCAUCAGCAAUGGGUACAGUACCAGCAUCAAUUAAGGUAACACAUACACAAUCACCAAUAAAAGCAGUUCCAAUGCUGUCAACAGCCAGACAAGCAACAGUUUCAUCCACAGAUCAGUCAAUAUCAGAAAAUUUGACAAUAUCUACACAACAAUCAACAACAUCACCAUCAAAGGAAGAAAUAACUUUAGGAACAUCAGGUACUACAUCACCAACAACAACUAAUUCACCAUCAAUGAAAACAGUGCUACUGUCAACAGCGCCAACAACCAAAGUGAUGAAACCACUGCCACCAUCAUCAUCAUCAUCAUUACCAGCAACAAAAUCUAUACAAACAACUACAGAAGCAACACUGUCUCCAAUAAUAUCAUCAUUAACACCAAAAUUCAAGCUGAAUGAUUCCUCUUCAGUAAACUCAGCUUCAAAUAUAAAUCACCUGAAUCAGACCAACAAAGCUGCCACAGAUAAAAUGAAAAAUGCAACCCACAUGUUAGAAAGUAUGGUAAGAAUUUCACCAGUUUCAGCUUUGAAGCAAAAACCUUCUACAGUAGAAGUACUGACAAACACAACAGAAAUCACUAGAUCAAAUAAUACAAACAUAAAAGAAACGAAAAUGAACAACAUUGCCCCAGUGUCCUCCCUGGAUCAAAAAACACUCACCACCAGCACCCCUUCACAUUUCACACAGAUAAGUACUGUAACCCUCUCCGAGCAUUCAUAUCCAAGUAUGCAUCUGUCACCUCAGCCAACCAUAACUCAUACAACUCCCAGCAUGUUCAUCCCUGUUAUUGUCAUCCAAGACCCACCACAUGAAUACUGGCAUAAUAAUUCAUACAAGCAAACAGGAAAAGUGGUCAGCACUGUUCCAAUGCUGGAAGUACCCCCAAAUUCAAGAAAUGUCCAUAAUGGUACUGGAGGCCACAGAGAAGAUAUCACCAGAAACACAAGUGCUAUAACACAUGCUCCAAAAAUCCAAGAGAAGCCAUCACUUAGGACUUCAGAACUAAGAGACAACAAAAAUUUGACAGGAAAUAAACAAGGCCAGAAUAUAUCUGUAACUCCAAAGCCUAAGAGUGAUAAUUACAGUUCAAAUGGGAAGCCUGAAAGUUUCACAGAAAACAAAAAUAUAGCUCCCCAAUCACAUACAGUGACACAACAAGAAGUAAUUUUUAACACUGACACUGUUACCACAACAAGCACUGAGGCUUCAUUUGGAGAAAAUACAGGAAAAGUGAGCACAGAUCCUCUGAGGACAUCUCAAUCACCAAACAGAACCAAGUAUGGUGACAACAAUCACACCAGCACUGUGGAUCUGCCUGUCACAUUGCCAUCUGCUAUCAUGGAAAAGGCUUCUACUCACAAAGUCAAGGAAACAAGACGAAAACCAAAAAUGAAACCAAUAUUUACAGACCCACCUUUGUUUGAAAACUCAAGAGAGGAACACAUGAUGGGCAGUGCUGGUAAUUCAAAAAUAGAAGACAGGACAGAUAUUGAUUUCCUCAUGCCAAAAGUAGCUGAUGUUAUAGACACUACUACUUCUCUGAAUGCCUUCAGCAGUGAAGAGAAUGAAACAAAAAAUACUGCCGUUACAGUUACAGUGUAUGAAUCAGAAAACUAUACUUACAGAAUACACUCUGAUGUUCCCAGAACAGUAGUCAUAAAGUUGAAUUCAAUGACAGAGGGUCCAGUAACACAAAACUACGGGUCUGAUCAAGUUUCAUCCACAGAGGAGGAAAUUUCUUUAGGUCACUCAAAUGUAACAACACAUUUGACCAAAGAACGACCUCCACAAGAGGAAGAAUUGCCAUUUAAUUCCACGGCAUAUACUGUUGGACAAGAUCCAGUAUUGCAAACAACUAAUGAGGAAAUUAUUCUAACAACAGAUGAAAUUUUGCCAGCAUUUUCCAGUGUAUCUGUGCCAAAGGAUGAAGUACUUUCAACAAAAGAGCUCCUAACGAACACUAGCGAUGACGCACUGGAAAUAUUCACAAAUUUCACGGUCACCAAGAUAAAGGCUUCAAGCAGCAUUCAAGAUAAGCGACAACCAGAAAAUUCCGAAAUGUCUGCUGCUGAUAUUAUGCAUUUGAUGAAUGCAACUAGAAACCACAGUAUUAUGUCUCAAGAAGCAGUGAACACUCUCAGCAAGUAUGCUCACGUACAUGCAGCAAUAUCAUCAAAUAAUGUUUCAAAGGACAGUCAAAAUAAAGGCUCUAAUGAUGAUGACAAAAUAAUCAAUGAUUCAACUGAAAAUUAUGCAGGCGAGAAAAUAACAAAUUUUAUAGACACAGAAGAAGCAAAACUAUCAACCAAAGCAAUUUUUCUGCAUGCAAGUAACAAUCAUGCAGGGAUACCACUUCUAACCAAAAUAUAUAACAAAGCACCCCAACAGUUAGGCGAAAAAGAAACAAGCAUUGAAGAAGGAGCUCCUGAUCUUGCUAAUGCAACAGCUUGUCCCAGCAACCUGAGUCUUCGCUGUGGGGAUGGAGACUGCAUCUCAUCACUGUCUCGUUGCAAUCAGCUUGUUGACUGUAGUGAUGGGAUAGAUGAGCAAGCCUGUUCAUGUGCAGAUUAUCUAAAGGCACAGUUCCUCACACGCAAACUGUGCGAUGGUGUUGUCGACUGCUGGGAUUUCAGUGAUGAGAAUAAUUGUGGUAAGCUGUGUGCCAUUUUAGAAGGGCUGAAAAUAAUAUACAAAUGACCAAUGAGUAAGACUUUGCUUCAGAUGGCAAAAUUAAACAUACAUGUCUGCCUGUCAUUCUAUCUACAUUUUCAUCUUCCAAAGCUAAAUUCAAUAAAUUUGAUUUUCAUCAUGUUAAUUUUAUUUUUAUAUACAGUAUAUAAAUCCACUGUCAUAUGAAAACCAAAAUCAGGAAUUUCAAAAUUCACUUGUUAAUUUAACAUAACGAUCGAUCUGUGUAUAACAGAGCAUAAUAUCCUGGCCACCUUUGAUUAAAACUGGUAAAGUGGACUUACACAAAACUGUGUUCAGCCAUUUUGAUUUUGAAUAAGUUUGCAUUAUAUUAAGUACAACUAUCAAGCAAACUAAAUCAAUGUAUAUGUUUAUAUUAGAAGUGUUUUUAUUUUAUUUCAUUUUGACAGAAAUUGACAGAUAGUACUUACAUUAAAUGAAUAUUAACAUAGGUAAGUUCAAUUUCCUCAGUUUGUUUUAAGCCCCAUAUUAAUGAAGAACCUAAAAUACAUAUUAGAAAUAUAUUACUAAAUAUUAACCUCUGAGAAAAUUCUCCCGAGUAAAAGUUAUAGAUAUUCAUAAAAUACGUAUAUUGUCUUUCACACAAUGGCUGAUCAAAUCUCAAUAUAUUUGAGAAAAUCGCCAAUAUGAAAGAAUCACCUAUCAAGUGUGUACCACUGAAAGUGUUUUAUUACCUUUUGCCACUGUCCUGUCUUGUACCUCCGGUCUACUCAAUUUGCAAUGCGCUGCAUACAGCUACACACCAGACAUCAGGCAGCCAUCAGCAGUACAUGAUACAUGACUUUUAUUGCCAACAGAAAGUUCAUUCACCCCUUACUCCUGUCCAAAACAGUGUACAUUUAAUAAAAUAUAAGGGAGCAAUUAACGCCUUCAUGCAGUGUAUCUGUAAUGUUAAUCAGCUUUGUCAGCAACAGAUUUGAUAUAUUUCUGUAUAGUGCAGUAUUUAUAAUAGUGAUUUACUGUCUUGCCUGGCUACAGAUCCAGAGGUCCGGGGUCAAUUCCCGGUGCUAUCAGAUUUUCUGGUAGUGGGUCUGGAACG